UUGCAAAUGUUACAUCUCAGGCAAAAGCAACACAGGAACUGUCCAGUCUUUUAAAUACAAAAUAACUAAACAAAGUAAGGACAGCAUUUGAAGAUAAGAACCUCUUAACAAAGAAAACAAUUGCAAGCCAGCACCAUUCAGGAAAUUCUGUUCUUUGCCGAAGAAUAGGAUCUACGACAACACAGGAUGCAUGCGGACUGUCUCCUAUAAUAAAGGAUAUACAUUACCAAUGUCAUAACCCUCAUACACCCACUUCUUAAGUUGCCUUUGGAUUAGUAUGAGGUUCUUCAGUCCCUUCUUAAGCAGAAGAGUCUCUACCAGAAAGAGAACUAGUGGGGAGCAGAGGAGAAUGUUGAUCUUUAUUGCAGGACUUCUAUUUUUGACCGCUAAUUUACCGGUUUCCAAUGGAGUGUAUGAUGAAAAGCAAGGGGCAGCUUUUUGUUCAAGCAACACGUGCUACACCGUCCACCUAAGCAAGACAAAGUUUUCUGAAGCAAAUGCCACCUGCACUAAGACAGACGGCAACUUGGUGACAAUUAAGAGUGAAAAAGAAGCUGAAGUUGUCCACAACUUGCUUUUGGAACUCGCCAAAAAAACUCCACCUAAGCAACCUUUAAAACUCUGGAUUGGACUUAAAUUAAACCAAUGUGUUAUGCAACAUGAUUUGCUCAAGGGAUUCUUAUGGACCACAGGUGACGAGAAUACGGAAAAAAGCCAAUUUUCCAACUGGAUGAGUGAACCAAAGUCAACGUGCACCAGAGAAAUGUGUGUGAGUAUGAUGUUACACGCAAACCCUUUUCAUAACUUCAAGUGGGUUGCUAGCUCAUGUUCGUCCCUGUCGGAUGGCUAUAUCUGCAAGUAUGACCACCGGGGAUCGUGCCAGCCUUUAGAACUAGGUGGCCCUGGAAUAGUUGAGUACGAUACCCCAUUUAGUUUCAAAAGUUCCUCUUUGAAUCUAGCGCCCUAUGCCACCUUUGCUUAUGUGUAUUGUGGUCACCAAAAGGAUGGUAAACACUACAGUUUAAUGUGCAAGAAAGUGGAAGUGAGUGGGACCACCGUGUACCAGUGGGCUGAUCCUCGUUCAGAUAAAUAUCCUGGAGCUUUGUGUGUUUCUGAGGAACUUGGCUGUGACUAUAAUAAUGGAGGAUGUAAACAUAAAUGUACUAAGAACGCAGAGAAAGGAUCUAUCUCAUGUGAAUGCGAUGAUGGUUAUGUGCUUGCACCUGACUUGGUGUCUUGUGUUUUACCUAACCACUGUCAGUCCCACCAAUGUGAACACCAUUGUGUAAACCACCUGCAUGUCCAUGAAUGUACGUGCUCACCUGGCUUUGUGCUUGCUGAAAAUAAAAGAAACUGCUUAGAUAUCGAUGAAUGUUUGGAAGGGCCCUGCAACCACACUUGCGCCAAUACCAUUGGCAGCUUCCAGUGUCAUUGUCCCGCAGGUUUUAAUUCCCAAGGCACACAGUGCUUGGACGUCGAUGAGUGCUUGAAGUCAACUUGCUCUCACGGUUGCCUCAACACCUAUGGAUCUUACCUUUGUUCCUGUAACAGUGGCUAUAUCCUUGACAGCAAUAAGAAAUCAUGUUUGGAUAUUGAUGAGUGUAAUAAUUCCCCAUGUGCCCACUCCUGUGAAAACACUCCUGGGAGUUACACUUGUACCUGCCCAAAAGGAUUCAAGUUAUCAUCGGAUCGCAUCUCCUGUCUUCCAGAACUUCAAAACACAAACAUAACUCCCACUGGCCAUGGAGACAAAGAUCCCGGACCAAAGAACAGGGAAACGACCAGCAAUGGCCAAAGAGACAUGACCAACCAACCCACCCCGAGCACAGUGUUUAAGGCCUCAUUUACGGAGAAAGAAGAUAAAAGAAAGGAGAUGUCAUCCAGUACAACAUCCAGUGAAACUGUUAACUUUUCUGCCAAUAGUUCUGUAGAUCAGGUAGUAAGUGAUCCUCAGGAUGGGUAUAGCGUAGUGUUACUAGUCAGUAUCUUAUGUGCCUGUGGUGUUGUUCUGGUACUCCUCGUUGUAGCUGGAGGGUUCUUGUGCUACCGGAGAAGGAAUGCAAAGAAUAAAGAGACUGAGAAGCAAUCCAGUGCUACAGAUAAGUACUGCUGGGUUCCAGAAUCUGAGAAUAAAGCAAACAAUGACUUCAGGUGACCUGGCAUUCCGUACACAGGCAUGCAAUCCUUUCUUUAACUCUAGGCACUGGUAUUGUUUUUUUUUUUUUUUUUAACAGCUUCAAUGUUAUUAUUACAAAUCUAUAUCAUACGCAUAGGUGUGCGCAGCCUAUUGAAUUAGGGUGUGCACCCCAAAGCCCAAACACGCAAUACCGAUCACU